UCGUAAAUGAUAAACAGACAAAGUACCUUUAAAUACACAGUAAAUAAUAAAGUUUGAUUCAAAACAUGAAGGAGACAAAAAUGUGUACUCAUUUAUCGGGUGGCCGAUUGAACGUCGCAAUACUACAAGAAACGAUGAGAAAAGAGUUAUUAAAUCUCUUACAAAUAUGCGAAGGAAAAAAAGUAAUCAUUUGGGAUGAGUGGCUUGCUGGACCAGUUGGUCUCGUAGCUCAAUAUUCAGUGUUGAAGGAACACGAAGUAGCUGAUAUGUUUCCUCUCAGACCAGGCAGUCUGCCUACUAUAUCUGUCAAUCACAUCAUAUUUAUUGCUCGGCCAAAGCUUGUACUAAUGGAUCUUGUUGCAGAUUACAUUCUUUCUUUAAGGUCAAAGCAAAGUUCACGAGUUGAAUUUCAUCUCUUCUUUGUACCACGAAAGAGUGAACUAUGUGAAAAACAUCUGAAGAACAGAAGUGUAUUAGCCAAUCUUUCACUCCAGGAAUUCAAGUGUGAUAUAUUCCCCUUUGACAGUGAUGUUAUGUCUCUAGAACUCCAAAAUGACUUCAGAGAAAAUUAUUUGGAAGGAGAUCCCACAUGCUUGUACAAUGCAGCACAAGCAAUCCGCACUAUACAGCAUUUGUAUGGUAUAAUUCCUAGAGUUUAUGGAAAAGGGCAGGCUGCUAAACAAGUGUGGGACCUCCUUUGUCGCCUGAACAAAGAAGAGCAAGGCUCUAGUCCGCGUGGCGUCUCCACUGCAUGUAUCGACCAGCUCCUGCUCUUAGACCGUGCUAUAGACUUCACUAGCAUUAUGUCUACUCAACUCAACUAUGAGGGAUUAAUUGAUGAACUAUACGGUAUAAAGAGCACAACAGCAACAUUCCCCGGUCACAAGUUCGUGAGCCCGGACGACGCGAGUCCCGAAGUGACCGCGCGCGAAAGGAAACGCAUAAUACUUAACUCCGGUGAGGAACUGUUCACAGAACUAAGGGACUGUAACUUUACCGUGGUUGGAGCUGCAUUAUCAAAGAAAGCUCGCGUUAUCAAGACACAAUUGGACGAGAGACACAACGAUAAAUCUGUACAGGAAAUAAAACAAUUCGUGUCGCGCUUACCACAAAUGUUGGCCAAUAAGCAAUCAUUGGCCGUGCACACCGCGAUUGCAGAAUACAUUAAAGAGACUACAGAUUCAUUUGAAUUUCACGAUACAAUACAAUGUGAAGAGGAUUUUUUAAACUGCAUUGAUAAUGAAAAAGUAUGCCCGUUUAUAGAAGACCUCAUUGCUCAAAAGGCACCCCUAACUAAGGUUCUUCGAUUGAUCUGUCUUCAGUGUGUAACUGGAUCAGGUUUAAAACCAAAAGUAUUAGAAUAUUACAAACGAGAACUCGUUCAAGUAUAUGGACUUAAUACUUGGCUGACUCUCUGCAAUCUAGAGAAGUGUGGUCUGCUGAAACCACAGACCGGGACCCGACAGUACGCUGUAUUAAGAAAAACUUUACAUCUCACUGUAGAUGAAUCGGAUCUAGAUGCAAAGGAGAAGAGUUAUCUCUCGAGCAAAUAUAUACCUUUGACAGUACGUCUCAGUGAGCACAUUGCAAAGAAUAAGGGAUGGACAGGAAUAGCAGAUGUAUUGGGCUCGCUUCCCGGUCCAAUGCUAGAUGAACUACAGAGUCUGCAACCUCGCAUGAUCCGGCGCAACUCCAUAUCUAGUGAAAAUUCUUCGUCUAUAGAAAACCCGAAAGUUAUCCUAGUCUUCUUUAUUGGCGGUUGCACAUACCAUGAGAUAUCCGCAUUGAGGAGCAUCAGCCAACAAGAAGACUCAAAUGUUGAAUUUGUAGUGCUCACAACUAAAUUAAUUAAUGGCAACACUUUUAUUGAAACUUUAAUGGAAGCUGAAUAAUCUGUGUUCAAUUAUAACUUUUUUAUUUAAG